AUGCCUAAAAUGCCCGCUGAGAAGAUAAGAGCACACGCCGAGGAAAGUGCUCGCAAAAGGGAACAAGCCGAGUUUGCUGCCCAGAAUCCUCGCCCACUGGUAGUCGAUGCUGCAGCUGUUCAACGCCGUAACAAAAUCGCCGCGCAACUGCUCGCUUAUUACGAAGACCUUGUCGCUCUCUACCUACCUGAGGAAGCUUUGAAGCGUCCCCCAGAAGAAGGAUGGCCGUACGUCAAUGCUGAGCGGUUCGCCUUCCUCGACAAGACAGAUACCGUCAUAGACCUCUACCGGCACCUUCCGUACAUCAGCCAGGACGAUGAGGCAGAAUACAAGAUGUUUGAACGAGCCAUCGCCGUCGACUACACUGGAAAGCAUUUCAAGAGAAAACAUGUGUGGACCCAAGACGGAGAAAUGGAGCCACCUCAGUAUUACGAGCAGAUGGACGGUGAACCAACGUGGCCAAAGAGGCUGGACGACCCUCGACACAUCGCCGUGCUCGCUCAGACGUUUAAAUCUACAGACCAGUACAUUUUGCUCGACACCAGGGACGGCAAAGUGGCCCAAGUAUUUCCACGAGACGAAGAGGAUUCUGUUUCGACCGACGAGUGUGAAACCAUCCAGGAACUCAUCGAUAGCAUGAAAGAGGGCUUUCGUAAGCUUUGGAUUCUUCCUGUGACUCCGACGGACCUUCUCGUUGCUCGAAGCACCUACUUGCCAGAUGCAGAUGUCGCUCAGAUCAAGGAGUUGUUCCGCAAGUACGGCUGGUUCACUGCGAAGUACAACAAAGAAGCAUGUAUGUGUGAGAUCAGGAAGAUAUGGGAUGCCUUUUGGCAGAAAUGA